CAUUCUACCAAUUUGACAAAACAUUUGGAUGCGUGUUCUGGUGUUAAAUACACUUUAAAAUAGCACCAGGCUAUGUACUAACAUUUUUUUUCCACUACCACUUCAGGUCAGUACGACGGAAAAGGGAAACCACUGCCAGAGUACCACGCAAAAAUCUCUGGAUUUGAUGAACGGAUAAGUGUGAUGGAAUCCUUGAGGAAGCCAAAGCGGAUAACGAUCCGAGGCAGUGAUGAGCAGGAGUAUCCUUUCCUUGUCAAAGGUGGCGAAGACCUGCGACAAGACCAACGCAUUGAGCAGCUCUUUGAUGUCAUGAACAUUAUCCUUUCCCAAGAUGCUACCUGUAGCCAAAGAAAUAUGCAGUUAAAAACUUACCAGGUCAUCCCCAUGACAUCAAGACUGGGACUCAUCAGGUGGCUGGAAAAUACUUGUACCUUGAAAGAAUUCCUUAAAAAUAGCAUGUCUGAAGAGGAAGAUACCAGCUAUUACAGCCCUAGAGGACCUCGUGCUACCUAUUCUGAGUGGCUGUCCAGGAUGGGUGGGAAAGCACAGGGCAUCUCUCGAUACCUUGCUAUGUACAGAAAUGCCAGCCGAACAGAAGCAGUGACAUCCUUCAAGGGCAGGGAGAGCAGCGUUCCAGAAGACCUGCUGCGGCGAGCCUUUGUGAGAAUGAGCACAUCCCCCCAGGCCUUCCUGGCCCUGCGCUCCCACUUUGCCAGCUCCCAUGCCCUGAUGUGCAUCAGCCACUGGAUCCUUGGCAUUGGAGACCGCCAUCUGUCCAACUUCAUGGUUAACAAGGAGACAGGUGGCAUGGUGGGAAUAGACUUUGGAUAUGCUUUUGGUGCAGCCACACAGUUCUUGAGUGUGCCAGAGUUGAUGCCCUUCCGCCUGACUCGCCAGUUUGUUAAUCUGAUGAUGCCAGUGAAGGAGUGGGGACUCAUUUACAGUGUGAUGGUGCAUGCCCUGAGGGCUUAUCGUUCAGAUCCAGACCUCCUCAUCAGCACCAUGGAUGUGUUUGUCAAAGAGCCUUCUUUGGACUGGAAGAACUUUGAGCAGAGACAGCUGAAAAAAGGAGGCACAUGGAUUAAGGAAAUAAACACAACUGAAGUAAACUGGUACCCUUUGCAAAAGGUCAGCUAUGUCAGAAGAAAGCUUACAGGUGCCAAUCCAGCAAUAAUCACUUGCGAUGAGCUGCGCCUGGGCCAUGAGAAGUCUCCUGCUUAUAAUGAUUUUGCAGCUGUGGCUCGUGGUAACCCUCAUCAUGAUCUCAGAGCCAAAGAGCCUGAGGAUGGACUUUCAGAGGAGACCCAAGUGAGAUGCCUCAUUGAUCAAGCAACAGACCCCAAUAUUCUUGGCAGAGUCUGGGAAGGAUGGGAACCCUGGAUGUGAGGAACUGUAUCUAAAACCCUGUCUGCCAGGGGACCUGUACCCUAAAACACAGCUGAACCAGAUCAGAAUUUUAAGGCCAAAAAGGAAAAAAACUCUUAACUAUUUUUAUCACUGGUUAACUUGACUAGUAGAGAAAAUAAACUUUUUGUAUUAAAGCUAUAUUCAAACAGU